GGGUGUCAAAUCUUGCAAUAUUUGCAAGCGAGUACCAUUUCAAGGAGAAGUGGCAGUCACAGUAAAAACAUCCCUCGUCAGUCUCUCGUACGUUUCUCACCAACCCACUCAUACUACGACUUAAGAUUUUUUUUUUCUAAAGGUUGAACAGGUAUCUAUACUUUCUCCAGAUCCCUAAUAUUCUUCGUUAAACACAAAUCCCCCACCACAGCCAAUGGCCGCCCUCACUUACUCAAUCGCCGCUGCCGCCUCCCCCAAAAUUUCUCUUAGAAAGCCCCUUCCUUUCAUUUCCUCCAAAUCCCUUUCCUUUCCUUCUUUCAAGCCUUCCAUUUCCUUGCUCAAACCCUUAAAUCCCACCAAAUUCUCCACCCUCUCCCCUCGCGAAUGCUCCCCUAAUCCUUCGGCUUUUCCCUCCCCAUCCUCUCUCAAAUCCCGACUCCGCAACGGCGAAACCCUCUAUGGCAUUUUCUUCCUCUCGUUCUCCCCCACUUUGGCCGAGAUCGCCGCAUUCUCUGGCUACGACUUUGUAGUCAUCGACAUGGAACACGGCCCUGGAGGAAUCCACGAGUCCCUCCAGAUGCUCCGCGCUCUCUCCCCGACCAACACCCCGGCCAUCAUCCGCCUCCCUGAAUCCUCCGCAGCUUGGGCAAAAAAGGCCCUUGACCUCGGUCCACAAGGGAUCAUGUUCCCCAUGAUUGAUUCCCCAAAAGACGCUAAAAAAGCGGUGUCGUAUUGCCGUUUCCCUCCGGAGGGAAUCCGUGGCACUGCUCACCCGGUUGUGAGAGCUUCCAACUACGGAAUCAACGAAGGCUAUCUAAGUAACUACAUGGAGGAUCUGUUAAUAAUGUGCCAGGUUGAGACGGUGGAUGGUGUCAAAAAAGUAGAAGAGAUCGCCGCUGUUGAAGGGGUUGACUGUGUUCAAAUGGGUCCGUUGGAUUUAAGCGCUAGCUUGGGUUACUUGUGGGAUCCGGGUCACAAGAAGGUUAGGGAGAUGUUAAGGACGGCGGAAAAAGGAGCGCUUAAGUUGGACCCAAGAGACGGUGGAGCCUUCUUGGCUGGUUUUGCAAUGCCGCAUGAUCCGCCGGAGGAGCUCGGGAAGCGAGGGUAUCGGAUGGUUUCUGGUGCCGUUGAUGUUGGGUUGUUCAAAAAUGCGGCGUUGGAGGAUGUUAGAAAGUUUAAGAUUAGUCUGAAGCCGGAUUCUGACGAUGAAGGGGAAGGAGAUAAAGAUGCCGAUGAGAAGUACUGGAGUGAAUAAACUAGAUGAAAUAUUACUUUGCUUUCCUUUUUUGGUGUCUCUUUGGUUGCGAUUUUGGUAAAUGUAGUUCUAGACGACAAUGAAAUCAAGUUUGAUUUCAGUUUAGCAUGAUCUACCUUGCUAAUAGUACGACCUUAAUGUCACUCUUGAAUGUCAAAUGUUAAGCUUGCUCUUUUUUGUAAAUGGACAUUGGACAAUGUUGAUUUGUGAGAUUCCUUGCAUUGUUGCCGGUAGCUGGGCCACUGUUCUUCGCUUCAGCUAUCACAAAUGGAUGGCAUGCAAACUCUAUCAUCACUUAAAACCAGCGUAAAACAAAAGACAUCACUAUAUCAGGGUAUCAGACUAAGUUUAGCCAUUUUUCAUUCUUUCUAAAACCAAUUUUCGUCUGUUUCCAAGCCUCAACCAUGGUCUCAUUACCCCCACCAUCCAAAACCCUCAAAGCUCGUCUCAAAAACGGUGACAGCCUCUCGGCAUCUUCCUCCUCAGCUUCUUCACUACUCUGGCAGAAAUCUCAGGCCUUGCUGGCCUUGAUUUUUACAUGCGAACACACCUACUAGUACUUUUUUUUUAAUUUUAUUUUAAACUAUGAAUGUAUACUUAAAAACAUUUUUUCCCAUUCCAUUGAAACAUUCACUGUUG